CUCAAAGUUACUACAAGCAUUAUUUCUCCCCUUCCCGUUUCCCUUCUUUUCUAUAUUUAUUCAUUCAUUCAUUACCAAAAUAAAAAGGAACGAUGAGCAGUAUUAAAAGCAAUGAAAGUUACACACGUGAAAAUCAUAACAUCAAUAAUAUCAAAAUUGUUCAUCAUCCAGAAACUGUUCCUAUUCGAAUUAAAUACGCAAAUGAAAUUAGUGUACCUUUUCAUGAAUAUUUAGCACAAACAUGUCCAUCUCUUUUCGGUCCAAAGGCACAGUAUGUUCCUACUCCUUAUUUAAGAUCAAGGCAUUUACAAACCAUUUAUGCUUCUAUUUACGACUCAUCACCGACAAAAAAUGAUAUUACCUAUGAAAGACAAAUAUUAGAAUUUAAGAAUGGUGGAGUUGCUUCAUUAGAUUGGGCUUUCCCUUUAAACCCUAUAUCAGAAGAUACACCUACUGUUGUCAUCUUGCAUGGUUUAACAGGUGGUAGUCAUGAGAACUAUAUUCGCGGUUUACUUCAAAUUAUUACUCGAUCACCUAUCAAUUACAGAGCUGUUGUUUAUAAUGCUAGAGGUUGUGGUUUUACCAGUAUUAAUACCCCUCAAUUAUUUAAUGCUUCUAUUACGGAUGAUCUUCGAGAAGCACUUUCUCAUAUCCAAAAACAAAUUGGUGAAAAGACACCUUUAAUUGGUAUAGGCUUCUCUUUAGGUUCAAAUAUCCUCGUAAAGUAUCUUGGUGAAGAAGGAGAAAAGACGCCGUUCAUUGCCGCGGUUUCCAUAGCAAAUCCAUAUGAUUUAUUAAGUUCUGGUCAAGUAUUGGACCAAGGAUAUUUCUCUCGACAUGUUUAUUCUUAUCGUAUGGCACAGAAUUUGAAAAAUAUAUUUUUAAGAAAUAAAGACAUCAUGUUAAGUCGAGGAGACAUUGAUAUUGAUGAGGUCUUGGCAGCAAAGACAAUACGUGAAUAUGAUGAUGCUUGUACGAAAAAGAUGUCGAAUUACACAACAGUGAACAACUAUUACCGAGAUGGAAGUUGUGUACGCUUCAUUGAGAACGUUCGUAUCCCGUUAUUAUGUAUCAAUGCAUUGGAUGAUCCUAUUUCACGUGCACAUUGUAUUCCAGUAGAUGAAAUUAAAGUAAACCCUUAUAUCAUCUUGGCUGCUACAAAACAUGGUGGUCAUUUAGGCUGGUUUGAACAUACAUAUCGUCCUUCAAGAUGGAUACAUAAGCCUAUUGCUGAAUUUGUUAUUGCCAUGUUUCAGGCAAAUGAUGCUCGUAAGGAUACUAAAAAAUUAGAUACCGACGUAGUUAUUCGUAGUGAAAAGGCAAUCAGAAAAAUUCGAUUUUCUCCAUUGAAUAACCCUAUACCUCCCCUUACAAAGUCUUUAUGAUAUCUUUUGUAUUUUUAUUAUUAUUUUUUUUUUUGUUUCUUUUCUUACAAAUAAAAAAAACCAUUAAAUUAUACUAUAUAC